AGAGAAAGGCUCGCUGGCGUUGCAUGAGGACACUGCUGCCGGGGCCUUUUAAUUUUAGGCAUGAAUGCUGAGAGUUGCGUGUCGUUCUGCGAUCCGUCGGCUGCUACCAUGGAUUCCUUCUACAACGCCGCCUCGCAAGGCAGCGUCGACGGCUCCUCGCCUUUUAGGGCAUUUCCCGGCAGCAGCGACAAAUUCAGCUCCGCUUUCCUGGCCAGCAAAGGACAAAGCUUUGGAGACAGCGGCGGGGGAGGCGGCGGUAGCAGCGGCAGCAGCAACAACAGCCCCAAGCGCCGGAGCCGCUACAGCCAGCCGGAAUGCCCGUCUCUGGACGGCCCCGGCGCGCAGCAGUCACAGGCGCUCCCGACGGCCACCGCCGCCGCUUCCACCACCACCGCCGCCGCCUUUAACAAGUACCACUUGCAGCCACCGCCGCCGCUCUACGGGCAGCGCGGCUCUUGUAAAAGCCCCCCGAGCAGCAACCUCAAGCUGCAGGACACCAGCGGCCACAACGGAGCCCUGCAGCUUUCUUGCUUCGCUAAAGAAAGUUCCCUGGGAGAGACUGAGCUACAGCCAGGAUCUGAUUCUGCUGGAAUGGAUAGUAGUUACCUCAGCGUGAAAGAGACCAGUACAAAGACGUCCCAAGAGAGGGCAACUAAUGAUCUUCCCAGCCCAAUGGACAAGACUGAUUCGGAGAGCAACAAGGGCAAGAAGAGACGUAACCGCACCACCUUCACCAGCUACCAGUUGGAAGAGCUGGAAAAGGUCUUUCAGAAGACCCAUUAUCCAGAUGUCUAUGCCAGAGAGCAAUUAGCCAUGAGGACAGAUCUCACUGAAGCCCGAGUACAGGUUUGGUUUCAGAACCGAAGAGCAAAAUGGAGAAAACGAGAACGAUUUGGUCAAAUGCAACAGGUUCGCACACAUUUCUCCACUGCCUAUGAGUUGCCUUUGUUAACCCGAGCAGAGAAUUAUGCCCAGAUACAGAAUCCUUCCUGGAUCGGCAACAACGGUGCCGCCUCCCCUGUGCCUGCCUGCGUAGUGCCCUGUGACUCGGUGCCUUCCUGCAUGUCUCCCCAUGCUCAUCCCCACACCACCGGAGGAGUCUCUGAAUUCCUGAGUGUCUCCGGUCCGGGCAGCCACGUGGGGCAAACGCACAUGGGCAGCCUCUUUGGCAGCGCUGGCAUCAGCCCCAGCAUCAAUGGCUAUGAGUUGAACGGCGAGCCGGACCGCAAGUCUUCCAGCAUUGCAGCCCUGCGGAUGAAAGCCAAGGAGCACAGUGCUGCCAUAUCGUGGGCAACAUGACAGGGCUGCUGCUUUUGCCCUCGAGAAACGGACAGCUCAAGCAGGACAGAUGACCCAAAUCCUCCGCUCUUGGACUGGGGGCAGUGUGCGCCCUCCUCAGAGGUCUGAAUGCAGCACUUUUCGCUUCCUUAGGGAGAAUGGCAUGGUGCCGAUUGCCGUAUUUGGAGUGUUUUAAGCAUGUAGGCCUUUCCCCACCACCACCACCUCUCUUCCCAGGAAAGGAAUGUGGAAGUCAAGAGGGGAUAUUUCUCCUGCAUCAGACAACUUGAGUUUUCUAUUCCCCUUAUGCUGUUGUUCUCCUGAUUGCCAGUUUGCCAUUGUUCUUGCUCUAUUUAGCAUGAAAGCUGCCUCCCACCAAGGCUUCCAUCAUGCGAUCGUUGGCCUUUUCCACAGAAAUAUCGGGGUGGGGAUGAGGGAGGAUUCCAAAGUGUGCCGUCUUUCUUUUUAAAUAGUCCUGUAUUUUCUCAUGACAUCCUCCCUCCCUUCUCCCCUCCCCCCUUCACAUUUUUGACUACAGAAAGUCUAUUAAAGUGAAGGUUGUGGUGGGGGGAGAAAUAGCUACACAGGGUUCCUUGAUUGGUAGCAUUAGGAGCCCUCCAUCUGGAAGUUCAUCUGAUUUCUUUCUCUCUCGCUCGCUCUCUUUUUGUCAAACAAACAAGAAAACAAAGGCCAACCCACAAUUUCUGGCUAAUUGCUCCCAUGUGAGCUCUUUUGAAACCCUCAUAUUUUAAUGGAACAGAAGGGGUUUAUAUAUGAUCUCUAGCACCAAAAGGCAUGUGGUUGCUAUCACUGUAGAUGGCUGGUGCCAAAGUCUGAGGAGACGGAGUGCAUUUUGAUUGGGGUACCCUAUACCAAAGUUGCCAUACUGCAACAGGAAACGUGUCCACACCUUAUCUUCCACGUGAAUUGUGUGUGUUGCUGAGUUGCUUUAUGUCAUUUUUCUUUUAUCCUGACGUUUUCCUCCCUUCAAUCUCCUGCAGUGCAAUAAUGCAUAGCCAAGGGAUGCAAUAAUGAAGGCUUGAGUCAACUGUGGGUUCAAUGAAAGGCACUCUAAGAAUAUACUGUCCCUAAACAGAAAUGUGGGGGGCAGGGCGAUGACUCAGUGGUUAAAGACGUUGAGCUUGUCAGAUAGAAAGCUGACAGCCUGGAUUCAGAGUGCCACACGAUGGGGUGAGCUGAGCUCCCAUUAUGUGCCCCAAUUCUUGGCCACCGAACAGUUUGAAAGCAUGCAAAUGCAAGUAGAUAAAUAGGUACCGUUUCAGUGGAAAGGUAACAGCAUUCCGUGCACCUCAGCUAGUGGUGGGUUGCCCCCGGUUCGGACUGGUUUGCAAGAACUGGUAGUAAAACCAGUGGGAGGCUCCACCCACUGACCCCAACAUCAUCAGGAAGCUUCUGCGCAUGUGUAGAAGCUUCUGAGCAUGCGCACGCGCGGUCCCAUUGCAAACUGGUAGUAAAGAUAAAUAGAACCCACCCCUAGCCUCAGCGUAUAGUCAUGCUGGCCACAGAGGUGUUUUUAGACUGUUCUGGCUCCCUUGAUCUAAGAAACAGAGGUGAGCACCGUUUCCUAGACAUACCUGGACAGAGGAAACCUUUACCUUUAAGCAGAAAUUACAAAAAGAGACGUACAUCACCAUAGGGCCACUUUGUAAUCAUAACCCCAUGAACUGAUUCUGACAGCAAGCCGAGGACUCCCAGGCUGUGUAAACCAAAUCAACCUUUUUUAUAUGCUACCUAAUGUUUGAAACACUCUGACUCUGGUACCCCAUCCCCAUCACACCAAUGCAUUUAUUGCAACAUCAGUAAAACCAGUUGUGGAAAUUAAUUAAUAAUUAAUUAAUUAAGUAUCCAUAAAUUAAGGGUUGCCUGAUGUUUGGUUUCAAUGAUGAACACAACAGGGAGAAAAUCUGUGGGCAAUAAAGGAAAACGUCUCCUAAUUUUUCACAUCGGCCUGCUCUUGCAGUUAAACUCAGUUCUGAAAGAAGACCAAUUUAUAGGAUUUACUAUUUUAGAUUGAUAUUUGACAUGCAAACUUUGGAAUAAUAACUAAAGAGUUUGAUGGUUCCAAAUAAAUUGUCUGCCCACUGCCAUGAGCAAUGCACCCACUUCAAAUAUUGCCUUUCUGCUGUCGCUAUCAAGUUGUUCUUUCUUCAACUCCGGUUCCUCUCCACUCAGUGGAAGUAACUCAAAGGCCUAUCUUGAAGAAAUAAAGCAAGAGGGUUGUUUUCCC